CAGGGAAGUAGGGUUCAAUAAGAUAAAGUUUUAUUGGCCCUUAAGAACCCCCAACAAUAACAAGGAGAGUGUGCUGUUGGUGGUAGUGGUGGCAAGUCGAAUCUAGAAUACCAAUUAAAGGCUGUUUAUAUUUAAAGUUUUGCCCCCCUUUUUGAAAAUGGCAUCAGUGAAACCCAAGACUGUUGUAAAGAGUACAGAUACAGAUGUAAUGGCAGAAGCUCAGCAGAAAAGCCCCCCACAGAAGAGAAAAGCUGAAGAAGACACAAUAAUGGAAACGGAACAGGAUGAUGCAGUGGCUCGGCCAGUUUUCCCUCCAGCCAAAAAGGAGAAAGUGACUCGAGUAGAGAUGAGAAAGAUACCUGUUCCAAACAAUAGGUACACCCCUUUAAAAGCAAACUGGGAAAAGAUAUAUUCUCCCAUUGUUGAACACUUAAAGCUUCAAGUCAGGUUUAACCUGAAGACCAGAAAUGUAGAAAUUAGGACUGGUAAUGAGACUGAUGAUCCAAACAGCAUCCAGAAGGCAGCUGACUUUAUUCAGGCAUUUGUUUAUGGCUUUGAUGUUGACGAUGCUCUAGCUCUCAUACGACUUGACGAUCUCUAUCUUGAGACUUUUGAUAUUAAAGAUGUGAAGCAAACUCUCCAAGGUGACCACCUCUCAAGAGCAAUUGGUAGAGUGGCUGGUAAAGGUGGCAAGACUCGCUUCACCAUAGAAAAUGCUACGCGGACUCGUAUUGUAUUGGCCGAUUCUCGUGUUCAUAUAUUGGGUUCAUACCAGAAUAUUCAGAUUGCUAGAAGGGCAAUUUGUAAUUUGAUUCUUGGGAGUCCUCCGUCAAAAGUCUAUGGCAACCUCAAGGCAUUUGCAGAAAAAGUUAGAGAUAGAUUUUAAUUUUGUUUUUUGAUGUUAAGUGUUCUGUAAUCUUCAGAAUGACUAUUUUAUAGAUCAUCUAUAGAAAAUUAAUUCAUAAAGAUGUACACUUCAGGGUUUAAUUGUAUAUACAGGUGUCCCUCACUUUGUGAUAGACUAGUUCCAGGCUCCUGGCGCAUAAACUGAAAUCACAUAAAGCAAACCCAGUUCGACAUGUAAAACACAAAUGUGUUCUGAGACAUUCAAAUUCUGUAUUUAUCCAGUUAUAUAUUUGGGUAGAAAAAUAAAAGAAAAGGAAUGUGGGGAGGAAAUGGUUGGGCGAAAGUAGGACCUACAUAAGCCUUUGUACGCUAUGUAAUAUGAGCUGAUUAUAGUGCUCCUUUGUUUGUGUUUAAUAAUCGAGUUGUGUAUGAUUAACUGAGAGUAGGACCUGCUGGUCUACCACCGUGGUUCUUUAUUCUUAUGGAAAGCAUUUUGUUUCCAAAUAGUAAGCUUAAUGCAAUGCUCCUUUUUUUUCUUAUUUAGGAAGCAAAUAGUUUAUCAAGAGUUGUGCAAUUAGUGGGAAUGGAUGGGAAGAGUAGGACUUGAAUAUUGCUGGCCAGUAAGCCUUUAUGAUGCUUUCUUUUGUCAGUAUAAGCCAGUUGAGAAAUAAUGAUAUAGUUAAAAAUCAAAUAGUGCUAGGUGUGGAUGAGAACACGAGCAAAUUUAUAUUCCAUGCAGCAAAUUGCUGGUAGAAAUGGGAUCACCUCACGAAAGCAAAUUCACAUAAAGUGAUACUGCAUUAAGCAAGGGAAACCUGUAACAUUUUUUUUAUUGUUUAACAUAUUUUAUUAAUACUGUAUUUUAUUCAUGGAAUAAGAACUCGACCCAUAAAGAACACAUAGUGCCUCUGGAAUGCAUGAAUUACAUUUGAUUGAAGGAGGGAGGAUAACUCCAAUUCCUUGGAUCAUGAGCAUUGAUGCACUAAAUUAAUGAAAAGUCUGACAAAUAUAUAUUUUGGCAUUUAUGAACUUUUGGUUUUCUGACACUUGUAACUAUUUUUUGGUACGUCUUUAUGUAUAUAAUAUACAAAUUUGUUAAUUCUUA